AUGUGUGGUAGAACUUUGUUGCAUUUGGCGCCAGACGUUGUCCAACAAACUUUAGUAAGUUCCAACCUAAAUUGUACGAAAUGGGUUGAUCAGGGGAAAUAUAAGCCAUCAUUUAAUGUUGCUCCAACUUAUUAUGAGCCUGUUGUUCGUACAGACUCUGAGUCACAUGAAAAUAUUAUUCAUUCUAUGAGAUGGGGAUUAGUUCCAUCAUGGGCAAAGGACAAAUCUAAAUCCCCUACUUCGACACAAUCAAUCAAUUGUCGAGAUGAUUCAUUAUUUGAAAUAAGCGGAAAACCAAUGUUUAAACCUUUAAAGAAUAAAAGUCGAUGUAUUGUUGUCGCUCAAGGAUUCUAUGAAUGGUCUCGUGAACACAAGAAGAAGAAAACACCUUAUCUUAUCAAAAGAAAAGAUGAAAAGCUACUUCUUUUUGCAGGGCUUUACGAUAAAGUUCAAUUAGAAAAUGGUGAUACUCUUUAUACAUACACAAUUAUUACGACCUCAUCUUCCGAUUUCCUAUCAUUCGUUCAUGAUCGAAUGCCUGUGAUCUUAGAAAAUGAUUCUGAUUGUUUAUCAAAAUGGAUGGAUCCUAAUAUUCGUUGGUGUUCCGAAUUUGAAGAACUUUUAAAGCCUUACGAAGGGGAAUUAGAAUGGUUCUAUCCUGUUUCACAGGAUGUAGGAAAUGUGAGCAAUGAUUAUCCGAGUUUAAUAAAUCCUAUUACAAAAACCAACAUUACAAGUUUUUUUUCGGGGAAAAAAGAUGAAAUAAAAGACAAAAAGUCAAAAUCAGUAAUCAAUCAAAAGGAGGAGGAUGAUGAUAUAAAAGAAUCAACAUCUAAUGAUUCAAUACCAGCUAAACGUUCAUUAGAUGACUUGAAAGAUGAUAUAAAAGAAGAUUUUACAUCGAAUGAAGGAAAUGAUCUAAAGCGAUCACGUAAAAUUCCACCUUCACCUGAUGAAAAAUCAUUCAAUAACGAAGACUCGGAUACGGAACAGUUACAAGCACCAUCUUCAAGUACGAUAUCUCAAAAAAAAUCAUCAUUAAAUUUUACUGCACAAAAGCCAAACUCAACCAAGAAAAAUAAGGCAAAGACAACUAAUGUUUCUGCACAGAGAGGUACUGUACAAAAAAAGAAGCAAAAAUCAAAAGAUAAGGCGGAAGGUUCUGCUAAAAUUACUAGUUUCUUUCCAAAAUCUGAAUCAUAA